CAUUGUUUUACACUAAUUUUUAUUUAGGUGUUGACACAUAGGAUUUUUUUAGUAAACAUGCUUCUCAGAUAAUAGUUAGGAUUUUGUUGCCAAUAGUUUUAGUGGACAACAAUCUUUCAAAAAUUGUCGCUUGAUAUGAAGAGAAUAGUGUGAUCAUAAUAAAAUAUCUUUUAAAUGUAGCUUUUUUCUUCUUCAAAAUAGUGGUGAACUCGAGUUCUUCAGGUGUUUCUUCUUGCUGCUCGAAAAUCACACACCAUCAACUAUGGUAGAUGGAAGCCAAACAGGUUUAGUGUGCCACUCACCGGUGGAGAGUAUUAGGAAACACGUGGUGGCGCCUUUGGGUGAAGGAUUGUUCAUAAGCCUGUAGAACAAGGAAUUUUCUUCAUGGCUGGUGCAGGGUGUCUCUCUCUGCCAAAAAAAACCAAAGCUAAAGCCAUGAAGUUUGCUCUGCUGAAUUCUAAAUGUGAGUUUUCGACGGUCAUCUCCUUCUCUCCAAAAGGUGCUGCUUUGUCUGCUGCAAAAACCAUAUCCACAGUAACUGCUGGGAUAGGCUUCUAUGCUCUUGCAAAUGUUGCUGAGCUUCUUCCUGAUCAAAAGGAGAAAUCAUCACUAGGUGGUCUAAAAAAACGUCUAGCUAGCAAUGUCGCUAAGGUGGUGGAAUUGAGGCGAGACCUGGACGAACAGGUGAUCCUUAACAAAGAGAAGGCCAAGCAGGACAAGCAGUUGAAAGAAGAUGUGGAAAUUUUGAUUCUCAAGGACAAAGAGAAGGACCAGCUUCUAAAGGAACUGUUUAGGUAUCUAAGGUCACUUGGUUUGGGUGGUUCAGCAGGGUACUUGGCCGAAAGUAGGGAAUCGAAUUCAUGGGUGUUUGUAGUAAGAAAAGGAGAACCCACUCUUCUAUCUUUUAUCUGUUAUCUCUUUUAUUUGGACAUGUGUUGUGUUGGAUAAUGUCUCUUUAUCUCUCUAUCUUUUGGUUGGACAUGAGUUUGUGUGUUGGAUAACAAUGUCUAUCUAGUUUGUUGGCGCAAGUGGUUGAAACUCUUUUCCUGAGUACUGUAUUAAUUACAAAUUCUCUUAAUUUUGGUCUCUCAUGGCUUCUUUUUUUUUCAAACAUUAGCCUCUGCAACUUCUUGGCAUCUUUCUUAUUACGAUGUUGCCACUGUUAUGUCUGACCAGACCCUGUUUAUGUGGCUUUUGGAUAUUUCUGGUCGAGGAACUUCUUUCAGAGUGAUUCUGGUAGUUUAAUUUACUGUGGGUCAAGGAGUUAUGUUUCCUGUUUAGGUUUUGGUUCCAGCAAACCUUUUAGUGAAGACAAACCAUUCACAUCUGAGGUAUGAUGUGGUACUGUAUGUGGGUCUUUUAAACUGCGGCUGAAGGAAGAGAGAG